AGGCCGAGUUUUGUAUACAGAGUGUGUUUGAUGGAAAGGCAACAGUUAGAAUCUCGGGUCUGAUGAGAUUUUGUCAAAAUGGGGUGCUUAUUUUCUAGAUUCAGCGGUUCUGAGCCUUUGACAGAAUCUCCGAAGAUACAACCGAAGCAAUAUUCAUGGGAUAAGAGGGAAAAAUUGAACGUGCAAGAUUUUAUCAUUGAAAAUGUGAAAGAUGAAACAGUGGGCAGGAAGCCAGGAACCGUGAAUGGCCAACAGUUCAUUAUCCGUAACUGUGAGAAUUGUGAUAUCUACAUAUUUGAUCAUAUAGCAACUGUGACUGUGGAUGACUGCAUUAACUGUAGGAUUUUUCUAGGUCCCAUUCGUACAAGCGUAUUCAUCAGAGACUGUAAGCAGUGUAAGUUUGUGGUGGCCUGCCAACAGUUCAGAACCCGGGAUUGUCAAAAGAUGGAUGUGUUCCUCUGCUGUGUCACUCAACCAAUCAUAGAGUCAUCAACAGGGGUCCGACUGGGCUGUUUUCAGUAUUUCUACCCAGAACUGGAAAGUCAGUUCCGCUCAGCUGGUCUAAGUAUUUUCAACAAUAGCUGGAGUAUUGUCCAUGAUUUCACACCUGUACCAGGAGAGAAUAAUUACAAUUUACUACCUUUGGAGGCCAAAGUAGAGGACUAUGUCCCUAUCCCAACAACAGAGCAGUUCUCGGAGAUGCAAAUCGAUUUGGACCCAACUAAGUCUGUUAUACCUCAGAGCUUGGGACCAAAAAGGAAGACUUCAGAUGAGUGCUGUUUGAUUGUUUUCUUCAAUGAUGGAGGUUCUCAUGACAGAGCCCUGGCCUUUAUUGAAGCAGUGCGAGCAUUACAGGUUGACUGCGAUCUGAUUCAGACCAAGGAAGUGGACAUGGGGCCAGAGGAUUCACAGAGAGUGUUUGGCUCAGAGUCUUACGACCUAGUAGUCAGGCAGGGUCCAGUGAUAGGCCUGGAGUACAGUGGUAAGGACUGUAUCAAACACUGUCAGGAGUGUGUGGUGAAUCUGACAACAGGAACCACUGGAUUGGUGUUUGUCAGCCAGAGUCCAGCACUGGCCACCCAGCAAGUUGAGAACUUCUACAACUUCGCCGAGAUGCAGAUGGCAGUGUGAUGAGGGACAUGGGCAAGGGAAGCAAAUGUUACAUGGCCUGUGCAGUCCAAAGCCAGAGAGCUUUAUGAGAACACCAAACAUAGUUCACGGUUAAUUUACAAUAGUUUUCUGACAUCCAACUACAAAAAAAUUAUACCUUGUAAAUACUGUCAUCCUUGAAAUUUCCUGUAGCACUGUGGAGAUAUAGGCCAAAGUUACAUGUAGUUAUUAUUUGUAGUAAUUAGAAUGAAGUAGGUGAAGAAGUGAUGAACUAAGCAGAGGUAUUGACUAACGCAGGUGAUUACAGAUGUUAAAGUGCCUGAUUUUUGGAGAUCUGAUCUCACUGCUGGUCACACACACAAUUCAUUAGGAACUUCCUCAUGCAAAAAUCAUACAAAAUUAUGCACUGAUUAUGUACGUGUGGUAGAGUUUGAUUGGUCAGUAAUAAAAUUGACCAGUUGUAUCCAACCUUUCUUUUGAUUCGUCCAAAUUUUCUAUUUUGAAUCAUGUAAUGACCAUUCAUCAGUGUAUUAACUCUCAUUUUUUAAUACAUGAAAGCAAGGUUCACAAACCAUCAUGUUUUGUCACCUUUGUCGGUUCAUUUGUAAGAUUUUCAAAAAUUGAGUGUCACCCUUGUUCAUUCCAAAUUAGUACACAGAUAUAUAAGAAUACCUUCUCACAAGAAAGUAGAGUACUUCUGGUUUUUAUCUCUGAUGAUUCUUAUCAAGUUGUGUCUAAAAUUAAAAAUUAUCAGAUUCUUUGAUUAACAAACAUUUGAUAGGUGUGUUAAAUUGAUGGGAAAGUUUCAGCUUUAAUGACCAUGUACUUACUGGCCAUGUUCAGGAGAGAAGAAUGUAGGUUAUCUCCCUUGGAUCAGCAUUACCAACAGGCGCUUGGAUUUGAACCCACCAUGCUUAAAGGUUGACAGAAGCAGGUUUGAUUUUAGGAAGUGGGCAGGCUGGGUAGGGCAGGGGUCUGGGAAGCAUGGAAGAUUAACAAAGCAAUGUAAGUACUCAUACAGUAUUAUUGUGGUGGGAACAGCCUAAAUCCCCCCACCCCAAUACCAUUCUCCUCCGAAGACCUGUUUGCUCCAUUACAUUUACCUCUUCUAGUCAGAACUUACAUUAAUGCUAAUUAAAAUCCAUCAGGAAUUUCUUGUCUGGCUAUCAUAUUUUUUGCUAAUAACCUUUGUGUGAUCUCAAAUGUGGUGGCUUUCUCUUCAGGUGUUGAAUACCUUUUAGCUGUAUGAUGGAGUACACCAGUGUUAUAUCAUAUACCGCCACAUUAUAGACAGCUGUCUUAACCAGCUCUGGGUUAAUCUCAUCUUUUUGUAGUGUUCAUGUUUUGACUGUAUAAACCUCAUAUGACAUAAUUGCCAUUAAUUUGUUAGGAAUGCUUUAACAUGUGUCUUUGUUUUUGGUACUGUAUAUGUAUGUAAAAAGUUUCUGAUGUUAAAUUUGCCAUGCUAUGCUGUCUGUAAUUCUUGUACAUGGUCAUUUUUAUACAUGUUUUAUGGUUGGACAUAAUUUAUUUUUAUUUAUUGUAGUCAUUGAUUUUGAUAUUGUCAUAGAAAUGCAGUUCUUAUAAAUUUGUGGUUUAACGUAAAUGUAUUUGAUCUACAGCUUGGAUUACACGAUUGUAUACUACAUAUUCGUAAAUAAUCAGUGACAUAUGUUAGGCAGGGAUGGAUUGUUAUGUCAUAUGGAUUGAUAUGAUGAACAGAUUUGAUAAUACAUGUAUACUUAAUUAUGUAAAGCUUGUUUUGCAAAGUGCAUGUAGCGUUGCGUGUACCUAGCUACAUGUAGGCCUACCACGGCAGCCAUGAAAGUGUCAUAUGUAUGAUGCCAUGUGCACCCUACGAAAAAGACCCCAGAUCCACAGAAAGAAUUAUUUUCUUGCCUUAAAGUGAAUUCAUUAGAAUGUUCUGAAUUGGGCACCUGUUAAAUUUGACUGAAGCUGAUUUAGCUGACAAGGUUAAGAAAAGAAAGAAGACUUUAAUGCAUCAUUUCACAUCAUCAUUAUAUUAAAGGGCUAUGUGUGUGAGGUUAGUGCAGUCUCAUAUGAGGUGAGAUGAAAAUUUGUAGCUAUGUAAGAAUCCUGCCAAAGCUACUGUUGUUUGCUGAUAAUGUCAUCUUUCCCUAGUUAAUGUUAUCAGCACAUGCUCUCUGUAUCUAUUGCUUUGCUCAUGGUACAUAUAGUUGAUUUACGAAAUCUAGUACACAGUAAUUUCUCAAACAAUUAUUACCGUAUUACACCUAAAAUUUAUCACAUUUUAAGUGACACAUUUUGUUUGAUUCUUAUUGAUUCAUUUACCUUAUAAUGCCAUGGAAAAGAUUUUUUGUGAAGACUGAUUCAUUUCUUACCAGAAAAUCAUGGGUUUGGCAUCAAAAGUGUCAUUUUAAUACCUUAAUAGGCCUCUGAUAGUGCAUUUUUAAAUAGCAAACUUAGUAUGCUAUGUUGCACUACAUAACUGUUCACAUAGUCCCAUCACUUUAGUAACUGAGUUUGACACUAUCCUUAUCAAUGUCUGAUACACAUAACAAUUAAGUCAGUCAGUUAUGUUUUAUUGGCGUAGAGUGCAAAGGUUAUAUAUGUAUAUAUAUAUAUAUAUUUGCAAGGUGAAGUUCUUUUAAGAAGCUGAGUUAUGUAGUAGCAUAGAUUUACAUGUGGUUGAAUUGUGGGAAAAUGUGGGAGAUUGUCAAGGCAGCUUAAAGUGUGCAUUUGUGUCUUGCAGGUGUGUUGUUUUUAGAGGAGUUGAAUGUUAACUGACUGAACAGAGGUUCUCACACCAUCAGCAUGUGGCUUUUGUUGUAAGCCACACUUCUUUAGAUUUGUGUCAGAGUUAGCAUGCAGAUCUGUGAGCUGGGAAUACUUGAGGGGCCAGCCUUCCUCCGUGUUUGCUGUGUUAAUAAAAAAUCUCAUGCACUCUACUGUGUUGUUUAAUUGGUAUUGCCAUAUAAAGUGGCCUAGAAUUCGUCCAGGUUUAAUAUUUCUAUGUAUAUUUUUUCUACAACUUUUGUAUUGUGUUCAUACUUUAUUUAUAUAGGUUUGCUCAUACUGCAUUAUUGAUUAUAAUUUAUCUUUCUCUGGACAUCUAAUAUUUUGAUAUUGUUAAUUAAGGUGUCACAAAUGUACAAGGAUGUACAUACAUGUAAAAGUGUUCUGGAGUACAGUGCCCAUAUUUGUGUAGAUAAGUACAUAGCUUGUAAUGUAUUGCAUAUUCGUACAUAUUAAAUCGGUGGUGCCAGGUGGUAAGAGAGGCCCACUUGUACCCUCCUUGUAUAAUUGUAUUUAGAGUACUAAUUGUGGGAAGAACCAGUUCAUGUAGGCUCUUUUACUGUGGCAACCAAAAUGAUUUUUGGUCAAUCAUUCAGUGAUAAGUACCAAUCAUGCCAAAUCAGCAGCCUCUUUUGUUGGGCGCAUUUUUAUCAGCUUAAACAUGUAACUUAAAUGGUUCAGUCAUAUUGGCAGUUUAACAUGAUCAGGCUCUUUAUGCUUCAGUUUAUGUGCUGUGAAGGGGACCUUGAUGUCAGUCCUAUUAUUUAUCUGUUAUGAUGUCCCUUAUCUAGUCUAGCCUGUUGUGAUAAGCACAAAGAGAUGUGAUUUAUACCUGUAUAUCUAUUGUGUGAUAUAUGCAGAAAUAAGUUCAACUGAUAUUUUAUGUAACUUAAAGCCAAUGACCAAGUGAAUUAAUCCAGUUUAAGAAGAGUGCAGUUACCAUGGGAAGUAACUCUGUUAGAGAUGUGGGAAGAAAAGGCUGAUUGUGAAACAAGCUGAUUUUAUUCUGCCAAUUGCCCAUAACCAGCUGGUGAAUUGUUUAUAGUGUACAUGUUUGUGUAAUUUAUUUAUUUAUACAUUGUACAUGUGUUUGUACUGUGAGUGAAAGUCUUUACUGUUGACCAUGUUGCUUUUAAUAAAACUUGC